UGCAGGGAGUUUUGCUAGCAGCCUGCUCUCAGAAAUCAGACCCGAGCGCUCAGGACUCCUGGGAUCAAAGGCUCACCAUGCUGCUUCCCAGGACGGGCAGCGCCUGCUGACAUUACCACCCGGAGAUUCUCUGUGGCUCUUAUAAUUACCCAAAAGAAUGGACAAGCUUAAUAAAAUAACUGUCCCUGCCAGUCAGAAGCUGAGGCAGCUUCAAAAGAUGGUCCAUGAUAUUAAGAACAAUGAAGGUGGAAUAAUGAACAAAAUUAAAAAGCUGAAAGUUAAAGCACCUCCAAGUGUUCCUCAGAGGGAUUAUGCCUCAGAGAGCCCAGCUGAUGAAGAGGAGCAGUGGUCAGACGACUUUGACAGUGAUUAUGAAAACCCAGACGAGCACUCGGACUCGGAGAUGUACGUGUUACCGGCCGAGGAGCCGGGGGAUGACAGCUACGAGCCGCCACCUGCCGAGCAGGAGACCCGGACAGUUCACCCCGCCCUGCCCUUCACCAGGGGCGAGUAUGUAGACAAUCGAUCAAGUCAGAGGCAGUCUCCGCCCUUCAGCAAGAGCCUGCCCAGUCAGCCCAGCUGGCCUUUGGCCAAAGCCAGGCUGCCGUCCACACUGCCGGCCCCAGCACCUCUGAAGAAGCCCCAAGUCCCACCCAAACCCAAAGAGCUCCUUGAGGAUGAGGCUGAUUAUGUGGUCCCUGUGGAAGAUGAAGAUGAAAACUAUAUUCACCCCACAGAAAGCACUUCACUCCCUUCUGAAAAAGCUCCCAUGGUGAACCGAUCAACCAAGCCAAACAACUCUGCAAAACCACUUUCCCCUCCAGUGGCAACUUCAGGCCGAAACAGCGGGACCUGGGACGGGAAGUCAUCCUCUUCCCCUGUGGCACCAUCCCCUCUGCCCAGGGCCGGGAAAAAGCCAGCUGUACCCUUGAAGAUAGUUACCUCACAACAGAAUGCAUCAAGUUUCUGUGAAGAAAAACCUAUACCUGCCGAACGCCACAGAGGGUCCAGUCACAGACAAGAAGCUGCACAGUCACCUGUAUUUCCUCGUUUCCAGAAGCACAUCCCUCAGAAGCCCAUCCCUCUGCCAAGAUUUUCAGAUGCGGGAAGUUCAACAGUGGAUGGCCCAUUAGCCAAUUUUUCACCUAAUUUUACUUUGUCGGAACAGGAAGCCGAUGUUCACUGUAAGCCCUGGUAUGCUGGUGCCUGUGAUCGAAAAUCUGCAGAAGAGGCAUUACACCGAUCCAACAAGGAUGGAUCUUUUCUUAUCCGGAAAAGCUCUGGCCAUGAUUCUAAGCAGCCAUAUACACUAGUUGUAUUCUUUAAUAAGCGAGUAUAUAAUAUCCCUGUGAGAUUUAUUGAAGCAACAAAACAGUAUGCUUUGGGCAGAAAGAAGAAUGGUGAAGAGUACUUUGGAAGUGUUGCUGAAAUUAUCAAGAAUCAUCAACAUAGUCCUUUGGUUCUUAUAGACAGUCAAAAUAACACAAAAGAUUCUACAAGAUUGAAAUAUGCGGUUAAAGUUUCAUAAUUUUUAACAUCAUUGCUUCAGACUUUUGCACCAAGUUUAUACUUUUGAGGAAAAAAGUACAAAGCUUCAUAUUUUGGAUUACGGAUCAUCCAGUAAUAAAUAGAAGAUGGAAGCAGCUAUUGAUGUAGUCAUCCAUUUAUUACAAGAAACCCUCAUGAACUUAUUUGAUUGCCUAACUUGAUGAACUGUUAAUACCUAGUGAGGCUGCA